UGGCGUCAACGGCAGCAGCAUCAGACAAGAGAAUAACCUAAUAAUGGAAGAAUUUCAAGAUGGUCAGACUCCUGGUGAGGAACUGUCUCAGUGCAAAACCUGUACAAGAUUUUUCUUCCCCAGUGUCCUGGAGAAACAUUCUAGAAUUUGCCAAAAGGCAGCGGCUAAAAGGAGAAAAGUUUUCGAUUCGAGCCGGCAGAGAGCUGAGGGCACAGACAUCCCCGUACUAAAACCGUUAAAACCAGUGUCACAAACCUCAGCUGCUGCACAGAAAGCCGAACCUCCGAAGAAGCCCUCCAACUGGCGCAAGAAACACGAGGACUUCAUCGCCACCAUUCAAGCUGCCAAGGCCGCCACUCUGGCAAUGAGGGAGGGGGCACCUCUACCCCCGCCUCCUCCUCCGACUUACGAUCCAGAUUACAUCCAGUGUCCUUACUGUCAGCGGAGGUUCAAUGAAAAUGCCGCUGACAGACACAUCAAUUUCUGCCGGGAGCAAGCCGCCCGCAUGCCCAAUAAAAACAAGCUGGUAGAUGCCAAGAAGGCUCCGCUUCGCACACAGUUUAAGCCUCCUGGUCCUGUAAAGAAAACAACCCCUCCUGGUACAUCAACACUUCCCUCGACUUCUUCUCGUGUGCCCCAGAGGCCCCUGGGGCAGUCCGCUGUAAGCCCGCCAGGUAAGACAAACUCAGCAAGCCCAGGGAGGAGGAAUAUCUCUGGAAUCCCAAGCCCACCUUCAGGUGUGGGAAAUAAGGCCAAAGGUGUAAGCUCAGGCUACGGAGGUGUGUGUGGAGGUGUGAGGAACUCUCAGUUUGGAAUAGGAGCCAACAAAAAGAAAGCCGACACCUACAUGUCUGGGAAUGACGUCAACGUCGGUAACGGCGGCAUGAAGAGCAAGUUCUGCCACGCCUGUGGCGCCAAGUACCCCGUUGACUCUGCUAAUUUCUGCUGUGAAUGUGGGAUUCGGAGGAUGUGCAUCUGACGGAGGUCAAAAGUCGGUGAAGGAACAGGAAAGUAGGGAUGCGUCUGUGCUUAGUGAGCAGUGAAGAGUAUCACCAAAGUUAAUAAAGACUAAGAACACAUUUUCCAUCUGACACACGUUGUUGCUGGUUUCCUGUUAGCUGAGGGGCGUGGCUAAGAUAAAAGCUGUACUGCUCUAUGCAACAAUAUGGCAGUGAUAUUCCUCAGUAUGUUGCUGAAUUAUUUUCUUUGAGCGGUCUCAAUAGUAAACUAUAAAGCUUUAAAUAUCUUAAACCCCUUAACUGUCAAGAGGACACCGGUGUCCUCGUGGACCAAUUGUCUAAAGUGUAAAGGUUUUUUGACAGUUAAGGGGUUAAUGCAUGUCGGCUCCUUUCUUGGGGAAAAAACCCAUCCAAAUCAUCUUACCUUCUUUCUCACUACUUCCUAUGUAAGUAUAAAAAACAAAGCUACUGCCCUGGGAUUAGAAAGUGUGCAGAAAUCCGCACAGAGAAGUGUGUAGUAAAACUAGGAAGAGAGUGUUUGGUUUGCUUGUUGGGAGAUGGCUGUGAUGGCUACUGAGUUUCUCUCCCGUCCUGAAGCGCAUUCAGUCAGUCUUCUCUUCUCAAACAGAAGGUUUUCAUAUUAAAGUGCAAUAUAAUUGACUACUGAGGGAACAGCAAUGUGGUUUUUACAUUUAAAAACAGGUUGGAACUUUUCUCUUACCGCCCUGUUUAGUCAGAGAUCACUCCCUAUAUAAACCAGUUUUUAAAGCUGUCGCUUUACAGACAACAUGUCCCGUAACACUACUGCUACUGGCAAAUGUAGUUUUUACUCUGUCCUUUUUUCCUCCCCCCUUAUUUUAUAAAGUGAAAUUUAUUUAUUUUCUUAAUCCAUUUAAUUUAUGCUGAAUGAUAUGAGAUAUGAUUCACAGAAUAAUUUUUUUUAAGUGUAAUUGUUGUUUUUUUUCUUAUGGAUUCAUUAUUCAACACAUUACGAAUUGUAGAAACACAACUACAGUGACACUAGAUUGUAUAUUUCCGUGGGACUUGUCGGCACUUGUACAAGUUCUCUCUUUCCUUUCUGUUCUCAUUUAAGUAAUUUUCUACUCCUAGCAUCGAUUUGAGUUGUUUUGUUUUCCAAACAAGAUUAAAAACUAACAUGUCACAGAAGGAGAAAUAUUUAAGCUGAGCAAAAUGUUGGAUUUCUUGUGUUAAAAGCAUUAACCUCUAUAUGGUUGUGCACUUAAUGUCAUGUAUGUCAACCACAUAAAUAAACUUCUUUGAAGACA